CAUGCACUCAAAUGAAACCGUUCUACUUGCAUGGACUUCAAAUUCGAAUCAGCAAUUUUACUUUUGGUAGGAGAGCUCGGUUAACAACAAAACAGAACUUUCUCAUACUAGCCAUUGUCACAUCAAUAAAACCAUGUCCGCAAAUUAUUGAAAUACUUGAGACCUUAGACGUUAGUAUCAAAUCCUCAUCGCUCAGGAUCAAGUAAUUAGUCGUAGCAAUUUUGGGAUUUUCCUGAAUACAUGAUCAGUAAUCAGGGGAAAUUAAGUCUGUCCAAACAAUAGUAAUGGCGCGGCUGGUUUUAAACAGAACAAUUUUGUUUCCCACAGCCAAAGAUGGGAAUUGUAGCGUUCAGAGCACCGGAAUUGAUAGACUUGGGCAAAUGAUAUGCAAAAGGGAAGGCAUUAAGAGAGGUGGAGUUGCUGUUGACAGCUUGAGAAUCGACAAGGAUUCAGGUCAACAGCAGGAGCUCCUUCCCAUUUCUCCUCAAAACCCCGUGGAACCGGAACAGAGAAGCUUCCUAGACAGGGAUAUUGAAGAGCACAGUGCAGAUAAUUCAGUUGGUAUUUGGGCAAUGCCAAGUGUAUUACGGAAGACAAAAACUGUGUGCACAAUUGGUCCUUCUACAAGUACACGUGAGAUGAUUUGGAAGCUUGCUGAAGAAGGGAUGAAUGUUGCUCGUCUGAAUAUGUCCCAUGGAGAUCAUGAAUCUCACAGAAAGGUUAUUGAUCUUGUGAAAGAAUACAAUGCACAAUUGGAAAAUAAUGUCAUUGGCAUUAUGUUGGAUACCAAGGGCCCUGAAGUUAGAAGUGGAGAUUUACCAAGACCCAUCAAACUUGUGAAGGGUCAAGAAUUCACUUUCACUACAAAGCGAGGAGUGAGCUCUGAAAGUUGUGUUAGUGUAAAUUAUGAUGAUUUUGUAAAUGACGUGGAAGAUGGAGACAUAAUUCUGGUGGAUGGAGGAAUGAUGUCUUUACUGGUGAAGUCCAAAACAAAAAAAUCUGUGAUUUGUGAAGUCAAAGAUGGAGGAGAACUUAAAUCUCGUCGUCAUUUGAAUGUUCGUGGAAAAAGUGCAACAUUACCAUCAAUAACAGAGAAAGAUUGGGAGGACAUAAAGUUUGGCGUGGAGAAUAAAGUGGAUUUUUUUGCUGUUUCCUUUGUGAAGGAUGCUAAGGUCGUGCAUGAAUUGAAAAACUAUCUUAAAAGUUGUGGUGCAGAUAUACAAAUUAUACCUAAGAUCGAAAGUGCAGAUUCAAUUCCAAAUCUUCAAUCAAUUAUUUCUGCAUCUGAUGGAGCUAUGGUUGCUCGGGGUGAUCUUGGAGCAGAACUUCCAAUUGAGGAUGUUCCUUUAAUCCAAGAAGAGAUUGUCAAACUCUGUCGUACUAUGGGAAAGCCAGUUAUAGUAGCAACAAAUAUGUUGGAGAGCAUGAUCAAUCACCCAACACCAACUCGAGCAGAGGUUUCAGAUAUUGCCAUUGCAGUACGAGAAGGAGCUGAUGCAAUUAUGCUUUCAGGGGAAACUGCCCAUGGAAAAUAUCCUCUUAAAGCUGUGAAAGUGAUGCAUAAAGUUGCAAUACACACUGAAGCAACGAUGCUAGAUGAGCAGUCUCCUGCUAAGCUUGGUUGUACUUUCAAAGGUCACAUGAGUGAGAUGUUUGCAUUCCAUGCAACUAUGAUGUCAAAAACACUUGGGACCUCAGUUGUUGUAUUUACAAGAACAGCUUCUAUGGCUAUCCUCCUUAGCCAAUAUCGCCCUUAUGGCACCAUAUUUGCUUUUACAAAUGAAAAAAGAGUGCAACAAAGGCUUUCUCUUUAUCAUGGAGUGCAGCCAAUAUACAUUACAUUCUCCAACAAUGCGGAAGAGACAUUUGCAAAGGCUAUGUCAUUGUUACAGGAAUGGGGCAUGCUAAAAGCAGGUGAGGAGAUUGCACUUGUUCAGAGUGGGAAGCGUGCUAUUUGGCGCUCAGAAUCGAUACAUCAAAUCCAAGUUCGAAGAGUGUGAAUGUAACUGCUGUUUGAGAGAUCAUCUUCCUUAAGAGGCCUUUUUGGGAUUAAAUAUAAUUUAGAUUAUUUUAAUUGACAGUAUUAGAGAGGAGAAAGAGUAAUUUAUAAUGUUUAAAAUGACAAAUGGAUUUAAUAUUCAGAUGAAUCAUCCACAGCCAGAUUUUAUUAUCAACUUGAAAAAUAAGUUGAUAAAAUUUUCACAAGUACAAGGCUGCUUCAACAUCAAUUAUAUUACUUUUUCCUACUUAUUAGUUUAGAGAAAAGGGUAUAUGUAUGAUAGUACAAAAGAAAUAGCAAUUGCUUUGAAGUUUUAACUGCUAUAAGAAACAGAGUCUUGUAUCAUAUCCUUUUUUAAUCAGAAAAUAUGUAAUUCCAUUGUUAUUA